AUGUCGUCCAGUGCAACCGUUCUCCCACAGGGGGCAGGCUAUGGCGUCGUCGUCGGGAUCGGCUUGUUCUUCAGCGCGUUCAUGAUCGUGCUCACCGCGGUCCAGACGCGUUACACCUCGUUCUCGCCGAAAAGCUCAGAGGAGUUCAGCAGUGCGUCGAGGAGCGUCAAGCCAGGCCUCAUCGCGGCCGGCAUCGUCUCCGCGUGGACGUGGGCGGCCACUCUCUUGCAGUCGAGUGCCGUCGCGUAUAAAUAUGGGAUUUCGGGGCCGUGGUGGUACGGCGCAGGUGCGACGGUGCAAGUUCUCCUGUUCGCGCAGCUGGCGGCCAAAUUGAAGCUGAAUGCGCCCUACGCGCACACGUGGCUCGAGAUCGUCGGCGCGCGCUGGGGCUCAUUCGCUCAUCUCGUCUUCAUGUUUUUCGGACUCGCUACGAACAUCAUCGUGUCGUCUAUGCUCAUCCUGGGUGGAUCAGCAACGGUCACGGACUUGACGGGGAUGCAUACUAUUGCUGCCUGCUUCCUUAUUCCUCUCGGGGUCGCAAUCUACGUCGUUGUAGGCGGCAUGCGUGCAACACUUCUUUGCGACUACACCCACACGACCGUCCUCUUCGCCAUCAUCCUCACCUUCAUCUUCACCGUGUAUGCGACCUCGCCCAAGAUCGGAUCGCCCGCACGCAUGCACGAGCUUCUGGAGGCUGCUGCUGCGGCGACCCCGGUCCCCGGCAACGCGCACGGGUCGUACAUGACGAUGCGCUCGAAGAAUGGGCUGAUCUUCGGCGUGAUCAACAUCAUCGGCAACUUCGCGACUGUAUUCCAGGACCAGGCGUACUGGCAGCGCGCCAUCGCGAGCAAGCCCGCGAGCUGCGUCAAGGCGUAUCUGCUGGGUGGGCUCGCAUGGUUCGCGAUUCCUUUUGCGUCCGCCACGACGCUCGGGCUUGCUGCUGUCGCGCUUCGAGGCGACCCUGACAUGGAAACGCUCACGGCCGCAGACGUGUCUGCGGGCCUCCCAGCCGCCGCCGCGGCCUCUGCGCUCCUCGGAAAAUCGGGCGCCGCGGCCCUGCUCGUCCUCCUUUUCCUCGCUGUCACGUCGGCCGCAUCUGCCGAGCUCAUCGCCGUGUCGUCGAUUCUGACGUACGAUGUCUACAAGAGGUACUUCAACCCGCAUGCGACGGAGGCGCAGGUUUUGAAGGUCGCCUUCUUCGCGCUGUGCAUGGGCGUCGCAGGCCUCAUUUUUUUCUAUAUCGGGGUGUCCAUGGGCUGGCUCUACACAUUUAUGGGCGUCAUCCUCGGCUCCGCAGUCGUGCCCAUCGCGCUGUGCAUCACCUGGUCCAAAGCAAACAAAUGGGGCUGCAUCGGCGGCGCGGUCGUCGGGUUUUGUGCAGGGAUCAUAGCGUGGCUGGUCACGACGAGCACGCUGAACGGCGGGACGAUUAAUGUGACGACAUCCGGCGGCGACUACGAGAUGCUUGCAGGCAACCUGGCCUCGAUCGGGGUCGGUGGUAUCAUCGCGACCGCGACCUCAUACAUCUGGCCUGAAAAUUUCGACUUCGAGGCCACCCGCGCCCUCAAUGCGCCCAGCGCCGAGCCGCGCCUGGCCGGGGAGAAAGCGGAUGCCGAGGUCGUAAAGGAUGACAAAGACAGCGAGAGCGAGAAGCGCCCGUCGCGCGCUGGCGACGCGGACGUGCAGUCCGUAAGGAACGAGGAGCCGUUCGUGCAGGCCGACGGAGACCUGGACCCUGUCGCACUCCAGAAGGCAUUCCGGUUCGCGGCGUGGUCGUCUAUCAUCCUCCUGGUCGUCAUGCUGAUUGUCAUCCCGCUGCCGCUGUUCUUCGCGCAUACUGUGUACGGCGUGCGCGGGCUGACGGCGUGGGUGGUCAUCGGCAUCCUCUGGUGCUUCUGCUCCGCGUUCUCGGUCGUGCUAUACCCGCUUUGGGAGAGCAGGGAGGCGCUCCGGCUGAUCAUGCGGGGAAUCGUGAAGGAUAUAUUUGCGAAGGGAAGCGGGAAGUACGUGCCACCUGCAACGGUGGCGCAGGCGUGA